AUGGGACAAAUUCUAUCUAAUCCAGUCAUUGACAAAGAACACCAUUCUGGGACAGAUCUUUUGACCGCCUUCGGGUUAUGUGCCAUGCAAGGGUGGCGUAUGUCCAUGGAAGAUUCUCAUAUUGUAGAACCAAAUGUUCUUCAAGAAGGUGAUAAAGACCACAUUGCCUUCUAUAGUGUCUUUGAUGGUCAUGGUGGUUCAGGAGUUGCUGAAUAUUGUGGAGAAAAAGUGACCUCCAUCUUACAACAACAACAAUCUUUCAAAGAUCGGGAUUUGACUCGAGCAUUGAUAGAUACUUAUUUGAAGACUGAUGAAGCCCUACUAAAUGAUCCUAUUUUGAAAAAUGAUCAUAGUGGGUGUACUGCUACUUCUAUACUUAUUUCCAAGUUACAAAAUGUAUUGAUUUGUGGUAAUUCUGGUGAUAGUAGAACAGUAUUAUCCACUAAUGGUGUUGCAAAGACUUUAUCAUAUGAUCAUAAACCGACUUUAACUAGUGAGAAAUCUCGUAUUACUGCUGCCGAUGGGUUUGUAGAAAUGGAUCGUGUGAAUGGUAAUUUAGCAUUGUCAAGAGCCAUCGGUGAUUUUGAAUUUAAAAAUAAUAAACAAUUGGGACCACAUGAACAAAUUGUAACAUGUGUACCAGAUAUAAUUAAACAUAAUCUAAACUAUGAAAAGGAUGAAUUUGUCAUUUUAGCUUGUGAUGGUAUUUGGGAUUGUUUAACUUCACAAGAAUGUGUGGAUUUGAUUCAUUAUGGUAUCAACAAGGGUGAUAUGAGUUUAAAUGAUAUAUCUUCUCGUUUAAUUGACGUUUGUUGUUCACCUACUACGGAGGGUACUGGAAUUGGUUGUGAUAAUAUGAGUAUUGUAAUUGUGGCAUUAUUGAAUGAUGGUGAAAGUGUUAAUGAUUGGUUCGAACGUGUGAGGGCUAAGAAACAUAAUACUCCAAUUUCAUUUGAACUGAAAAGGAAAGUCAUUUACAAUUAUUAUGAAUUCCCAACGGAUGAAUCUGCCAUUUUUGAUAUAACGACUAAGAAACCACAAGAACGUUUCACUCAAGAUAGCAAUAACAAUGCGCACCGUCAUAACUAUCAUGAUGAAGAUGAUAUGGAAAUCGAUGAGACUGAUGCAGAUGCAGAUGGCGAUAAUGAAGGAAGCAAUGAUAAACCUAAACGUGCCACUGAUCGUAAUGGUCCGAUAGAUCUUUUAUCACUAGAAGCAUUACUAGGUGCAGGAAUACAGGUACAAUCUGGUCCUGAUAAUAUUUCAUAUAUUGCAGGAAAUGCAUUAUCUGAAGUUCUAAAUUCUCUAAGUAAAGCUCAUAAGGAGACGGAAUCAUCAACUAAUGAAAGUAGUCAUGAAGUUACUGAAAAGGAAGAUGAUAGUGAAGGUGAAAAAAUUACUGAACUUGAAGAUUCUAGUUAG